AUGAACAGUUCCCACACUAUGAACACCUGUGUGUUCAUCCUGCUUGUGACCCUACUGUGUGCAGAGAGAGCUCAGGGGUUGCUCUGCUACCAGUGCCUUGGGGUCACUUCUGAAAUUUCUGAGACUACUUGCCCACCAGCUAACUGCUCCUACCCUGAUGGGGUCUGCAUCUCUCAGGAGGUGGAAACCAUUAUAGACUCUCACAAAGUGAAAACAAAGAACAAGUUCUGUGUUCCUGUCUGCCCUGAUAAGAAUUAUGAUGGAAAUUUUGACUUCUUGGGUGUCCAAGUCUUCACCAAGCUUUCGUGUUGUAACAAAGACCUCUGCAAUGCAGCAGUUCCCACUGGGGGCAGCACCUGGACCCUGGCAGGGGUGCUUCUGUUCAGCCUGGGGUCAGUCCUUCUGCAGGCCUUGUGA